AUGUGGACUAGAAGAGUCUCCAUACUACCCGCAAGGCUUGCUAGCCAUCGUCGAUGCCUGUCCCAGUCAACAAUCGCAGUAUUUAGGGAUGUGCCGCCACUCCGGAAAUAUAGGAGAGACCUCCUCAUUUCUGGUCGAACUGUGGGCUUUGUGCCUACAAUGGGUGCCUUGCACGAUGGCCAUAUGUCCCUAGUUCGCCAGGCCGCCCAAGAAAACACUGAUGUCGUUGUCAGCAUAUACGUGAACCCGACCCAGUUUGGUGUAAACGAGGACUUGGACAGCUACCCUCGAACGUGGAAUGAAGACUUGGAGAAGCUAGAUGCCUUGAACACGGAAUUCGAAAACAAGCCAGCGUCUGGACACGGCCGUAUAACUGCAAUUUUUGCUCCUACGACCAAAGUAGUGUACCCUACACUACCCCCCACCUCCGAGUUAAACGGAGACGGAAGCUUCGUGACGAUAACGCCGCUCGCGAACAAGCUUGAGGGGCGUUCCAGGCCUGUGUUCUUUCGUGGUGUUGCUACCGUGUGCACCAAACUCUUCAACAUGCUAACGCCCGACCGGGUCUACUUUGGCCAGAAGGAUAUACAGCAAUCUAUCAUUAUAAAACGCAUGGUGAGGGACUUCCAUAUCGAUACCGAAGUCAAGGUUGGCCCUACAACGAGGGAACCGGAGGGCCUUGCAAUGAGCUCCCGCAACGCAUACCUCGGCUCCAGGCGACGAAAUGUUGGCCUGGUCUUAUCUCGCGCCCUAAGAGAGGCUGAAGCCGUCUAUCUAUCCGGAAAGAAAUCGCGAAAGGAUAUACUCGAAGCUGCGAAUUCCCUGGCGAAUUCUACUUUGGCAGGACAGGAACAACUUCCUGCGGCUAAGCGUGCAAAGUUCGAGGUGGACUACAUCUCUCUUGCAGACCCAGACUCACUGGAGGAGCUGGAGCAUGUUGACGAGUCGAAGGGUGCCGUCCUAAGUGGUGCCGUGAAGAUGUAUCCUCUGGAAGAGCCGCAAGAAGGAGAAGACUGUGGACUUGGAGGAGGAAAGGUUCCUGUGAGGCUGAUUGAUAAUAUAAUCUUACAGCCUUCGUCCUGA